UCUUUUCCCUCUUCGUGCCCGGUUAUGAUACCGCCCGAGCUCUCUCCCCACUCUUCUAACAAAAGAGGUUGCCUCUCUCUCUCUCUCACAUUACUCGCAGCCCAUGGAGAAGAUCUCCGUCGCCGUCCGCUUCCGCCCCUCCGCCGCUGGAGAUCCGCCUGCCGACCGUCACUGGAGGGUACAGGACGAAAGCAUCUCCCUCGUAGCCCCAGGCUCCGGCGUCUCCUUCGCCUUCGAUCAUGUCUUCGAUCCAAGCUAUAACAACGCAAUGGUGUACGAUCUCCUCAUCAAAUCCAUAAUUCAAGCCGCCGUCGAUGGGUUCAACGGAACUGCUUUCGCGUAUGGCCAGACGAGCAGCGGCAAGACUUUCACCAUGAGUGGAUCUGAGGGGGAACCCGGAAUCAUCCCUCUCGCUGUCGAGGACGUAUUCCGCACCACCAAAAUGACUACGGAUCGCGAGUUCUUGAUUAGGGUGUCCUAUAUGGAGAUCUACAAUGAGGAGAUUAACGACCUGCUGACAUUGGGGAACCAGAAGCUCCCGAUUCACGAGAGCUUGGAGCGAGGAUUUUUUGUGGCGGGGCUCAGGGAGGAGAUCGUGAACAGUGCCGAACAAGUGUUUGAGCUCCUCAAACAUGGAGAAGCAAAUCGACAUUUUGGUGAAACAAACAUGAACGCUCGGAGCAGCAGAUCACAUACUAUCUUUAGGAUGGUCAUUGAAAGCAGCAAGAGGAAUCCCAUGAACUUAGGGGAUGUAUCGAACACGGAUGCAAUCCGUGUUUCUGUUCUUAACUUGGUAGAUUUAGCUGGUUCAGAGCGGAUUGCUAAAACAGGGGCUGGAGGAGUCCGUCUGAAGGAGGGGAAGCACAUUAACAAGAGCUUGAUGAUUCUUGGCAAUGUGAUCAACAAGCUUAGUGAGAGUGGAAGGCAAAGGGGGCACAUUCCAUAUCGUGAUAGUAAACUGACUCGCAUACUCCAACCUGCUCUUGGAGGCAAUUCAAAAACGUCAAUAAUCUGUACAGUUGCACCUGAAGAGGUUCACAUAGAAGAAACAAGGGGAACACUUCAAUUUGCAAGCAGAGCCAAGCGAAUUACAAACUGUGCCCAAGUAAAUGAGAUAUUAACUGAUGCAGCUUUGCUGAAGCGGCAAAAACUAGAGAUUGAGGAACUCCGCAGAAAAUUACAGGGUUCUCAUUCUGAAAUACUGGAACAAGUUAUUUUGAAACAACGGAAUGACAUGCACAAGUCUGAACUAGAACGUGAAAGGCUUGCAAUGGAACUUGAGGAAGAAAGAAAAGCCCGUGAAACUUUAGAGCUUCGCAUAAAGGAACAGCAGAAGAAGAUAGAAAAUCUUAGUAGUCUCUCUAUUUCUUCAUAUAAUACUUCAAUUUCAACUCAGCAAAAAGUUAAUUCAACUAUCAUGUUUGAUGAAUUAAGUGUAUCAAGAAGUGAUCUGUUCAGAACUCCCAAUUUCAAAGCAAUGGCUGAUGAUUUUGUUGUGAAACGACCAAGUAGCUUCAGGACAGUUGAUUCGAACCCCAUCCUUGAAAAUUUUGACAACACAGCCGAUGAAGACCUGUGGAUGCAAUUGAACAAAGGUUGCAUCACUGAUCUUGAUACGCUUCAAAUGACACCAAAUAUGAAACAUCAGUCAUUUCCAUCACUUGAAAUGUCGCUCGAACCAAGUGUUGAUGAAGAAAUUAGUUCUGAGAGACAACAUAGCUUGGAAAGUGAUUGUGGCUUCAACAGAGAACAGCUUGACGCUUUAAGGGAAAAAUGUACCAUCAUGGAAAGGACAUGCAGCCUGUUAAGAGAGGAGAAGGCUUCUCUAGUGGAAACUCUCUCCCUGUCUAAACAAGAUAAUGAGCACCUCAGAGCCCAAAAAGAAGAGUUGUUGAAGGAGUUGAACACCGAAAAGCAAAAGAUGAAGGAACUUAAGGAGGAGAUCCGGCAGUUUAGUUUGGCAUUCCACCAAAGGGAGGGCUUACUUACAUCUAUCUACACCAAAUCAAAGGCCAUGAUGGAAAACCUCAAUGCGUCAAAAGUUUCAAUAUCUGAAGUAUGUGAUAGUUAAAGUAGAAGAAGGCCUCUUUAUUCAAAGUCAAAUGGUUUUGCAACAAGCAAGGUGUCUCUCGACUGAGUGCCCUCCUCGUCUGUACAAUGUUAUUCUUUUCGUGGUAUGUUCUUCCUUCCACACUGAUAUUCUUACAUGUAUUCUCUAUAUUUGGACAUCGGAUUGAAUUACUUUCAUCAAUUGGCCAUUGGUGUGUUUUAAUUGAAAUGCAACACUAUUUGCUUGUGUA